AAAUCUUUCAUUGAAGCUAAAUAGCAAUCAUGAAGACCAACACAAUUGCUACGGCGGUAGCGCUGGGUGCGGGCACCUCGCAAGCAUGGGGACAAUCUCUCACGGUUGAUAUGAUUGACAAAUUGUCGAACAACACCCUCUUCACUCGAUGGAGGCCGACCUCGCAUUUCCUUGCCCCUGCGGGGUGGAUGAAUGACCCCUGUGGACCGAUGUACGACCCAGUGCGGAAUCUCUAUCACUUACACUACCAAUUCCACCCUAACCAUGUUAACUGGGGUAACAUCUCUUGGGGACACGCAACAUCCCCAGACCUCAUUACAUGGACCGAUGUGGACCAUCUUCCCAACGACGGGAUCCCUGCCUGGAAAGACGACCAAGCGCAAUCAAUUGGCACCACCAAUCUGACUAGCAAACACAACCCACCUCUAUACAAUCAUCUGGGUAUCUUUUCAGGAACCAGUCACUCCGCCAAUCUCACUGGCGGAGUCGACGGAACUUUCCUAACCUUCUACACCUCCGUAUCGCGUCUCCCUACUUCCUGGAACAAGCCCUACCUCAAGGGUACCGAGAGUCAAAGUCUGGCCUACUCUACCGAUGGCGGAGUUACCUGGGAAGAGUACGAGAACAACCCAGUUCUGUCCGAGCCUCCCACAAACUGGAACAUCACCGGCUGGCGGGAUCCAUUUUUCAGUCCCUGGCAAGAGAUGGAUUCGUUCCUCAAUUUGACAGAGCCUCAUUGGUAUGCCGUCUUUGGCUCCGGUAUCAAGGAUGUUGGUCCUCGUAUACCUCUAUACCGCGCGCCGGCUUCGGAUCUUUCGGACUGGACUUUCUUGGGAGCUCUUUGGGAGCCGGAGAAGAAUUCCACUCUUGGUUCUCUGGAGGAGACAGGUAGCUAUGGGUUUAACUUCGAGGUUUCAAACUUCUACUCCAUUGGUGAUCGGUACUUUGUCAGUAUGGGUGCUGAGGGUGGCAAUGUGAGCUUCCACCAGCAGAGAUGGUCCUUGUGGAAUGAGGGGACAUUGUCCGUCAGGGAGAAUGGAAGCGUUGCUUUUAAGCCCGUCUCUGGUGGUGCAGGUGAUUGGGGUCUUCUAUACGCGCUGACUACUUUCAACGACACCAAAAACAACCGCCGCAUCCAAUGGGGCUGGGCCCCAGAAGACAUGAACGACUUCGCAAUCACCCAGCAAGGCUACCAAGGAUCUUUCGCCCUACCCCGAGAACUCUUCAUCAAAGAUACUCCAAACGUGAUCCACAACGCUACCAACACAGCUCCCGGAAACGCACGCUACUUCCCCAACGCAAACAGCACCUGGACCGCCAGCACGCUUGGUGUCCGUCCAGCAGCAGACGUCGUCAAUGGUCUUCGCAAGGGUUCAACACACACGAAGUACCCCUGCAAAUCCAAGAACAUCAACCUCCCAACCAAGCUCUCGAAAUCAUACCAGCUAAACGUGGAAAUCAAACACACCACCGGACUCGCAGGCAUCACAAUCGCCGCCUCCCCCAACCGCGAAGAGUACACAAACAUCUUCUUCAAUCCCUCUAACAACAGUAUCGCCGUGGACCGCAGCCAUUCUUCUCUGAUCGACAAGUUCGCUAAUUCCACGCAUGAGGGCUAUUUCAAGCCUUACACUCUGCGCCAGCAUAACGGCAAGAAUACGACUGAGUCUAUCCAGAUGAGUAUCUUCGUCGAUGGCUCGCUGGUUGAGGUUUAUGUCAAUGAGCGCUUCGCUCUUACUACUCGGAUUUAUCCUAGUCGGGAGGAUAGUACAGGUGUCGCGUUGUAUUCUGCGCCGGGUGCGAAGGUGGAGUAUUCUAAUGUCGAAAUUUGGGAUGGUUUGUUGAAUGUCUGGCCUGAGAGACCGGAGAAUAGCAGUUCGCUGCUUGUGUUUGAUACGGCGGAGGAGACGGGGGAUUAUGUUUGGUGGACUGGAAAUUGAGGUUGGAUUGUUAGAGUCACGGAGGAAGUUGUAUAUAGAUGUCGAGUCAUGGAAUAAAUACAGAGCGUGGG